CGGGAGAGACUGGAGGGACUUAAAUCACAAAUUCUGAACUGGAGCUACCAACAGAAAGUGAUGCCUCUCUUGAAGAAUUUCAACACGUCGGCCAUGCAGAUUUCCUGCAGAUUGGUUUCAAAUUAUGUCAGUCGGAUGCGUAGUGGCGAUGAUUGAGGGAUAGAUGUUGGCCAAGACACAGGGGCCCUUGCUCAACUUCAAAUAGUGGCCUGGGACUCUUUACAUCCACCUGCAAGGGAACACUGUGGGGGUGCCACAUUCAAAAGAUGGCAUUAUCUGACAGUACAGUGCUCUCAAGUAGUACACUGGAGUGUCAGCCUAGAUUAUAUACUCAAGUCUUUGGAGUGAGGCUUGAGCCGACAACCCCCUGACUCAAGCAAGUGUGUCACCAACUAAACCACAUUUGACACCAGAAGGAAAGCACCAAUGAGCCAGAGUGCAAAACCGGCUCCACGGGGUAAUACAGCUACCUGUUUGAACUAAAGGAGGACGAUGAAGCUUGCCGGAAGGCCCUGAGCUCCGGAGCCUUCCUUCUCUUUCAUAGUCUCUCGCCCCUUUUGCAGAGGAGGGAGAACAAAUUCACAGCGCCAUUUGUGACAGCCUCAGAGCUGAACAGAAUUUUGCAGAAACUGAAUCAGAAGGAGAAGUAUAUGGAAGAGUCAGUGCUGAUUGGCUGUACAGAGAAUCAUGUGCCACAGUUUGCUCUUGAUCUAGGUAGGAUUGAAAAGGCCAAAGCAGAAUCACUUCUGAAGGGUACAUUUGUUGAUUUACGGAAAGCCUUCUUCCUCUUGGCUGGAAAGGAUGCACCCUUGCUGUCCCAGGCGCAGGGACUUCUCCGCUGGCACAGCACACAUCUCUACUGCAGUAGAACAGGACGCCCGACACAGAAGAAUGUAUCAGGCAGUAAACGUGUCUGUAGCACAGAAGAAAUAAUCUACUACCCACAGGCGUCUCCUGUGAUUAUCGUGCUGGUAUCUGAUGGAAUACAGUGCCUUCUGGCACGCCAGGAAUCAUUUCCUCCUGGAAUGUACAGUGCCCUUGCUGGAUUCUGUGAUAUUGGGGAAACUGUGGAGGACUGUUUGCACCGGGAAGUUGCCGAGGAAGUUGGUUUGGACGUGUCCUCAUUUGAGUAUUCUGCAUCCCAGCACUGGCCCUUUCCUAAUAGCUCACUGAUGAUUGCAUGCCAUGCAUUGGUGCAACCAGGGCAGAACAAGAUAGACCUGAACCACUCAGAACUUGAGGACGCCCGCUGGUUUGAUGCCAAAGAGCUAACAAAAGCUUUAAAACGUAAACAGAUGACUACAAUGAAAGAAAUGAGAGAUGUUCCAUUCUGGAUCCCACCACCUUGGGCUGUAGCACAUCAACUAAUCAAGGAAUGGACUCAAAGGCAGCAGCCAUGCUGAAGUCACUGGAAUUGUUGGGACUGUUUGAUGCAUGGGCACUGUUUUUAUAACAUGAUUUGCAUGUAAUGUGGGUCAACUAUUAAUGAAGCCAAUGUAAAAAAUGCAUUGUAUCAAACUUUUUUAUUUAUCAUUUAUAAAGAGGAAUAUUUGUCUCCUGUGCAUAGGUGGGGACAUAGAGGGAGAGGAGAGAAGUGAUCAUUGUGCAAAUGCAUUAUUAAUAUGGAUCCUAAAUGGAUAAUUAUAAAUAAAACUCCAGUUAUUGCCAAUGUGCCUACUUUAAAAGUAACAUGCUGAGAUUUUUAAAAGGGUUUGAAAAUGUUUAAGCUAGAUGUUUUCCCAAAGUAAGUUUCCUUUUAAAAAUUAACCUAAAUAUGUUCAUCGUGAGUCUGAAAUCAGACUGUGGAAUAUGAGAAACUCUGGAAUGAGAUGAGGUAUGUUGCUAAAAUCUAUGUAAAUUACUACUUAUGAUUUUAAUUUUCUUGGAGUUUGAGACUAGUUGUUUCAAAGGAAUGCUGGUAACAUAUAGGUAUGAUGAUGUGUGAUUGAAAUCAUUUUCCACACAUUUUAUCUGCAUCAAGAAUUCAGGUAAUUACAUGAGAAAUCUGAAUCAUUUGAAAAAAAGUCAAGAUUGAUAUUUUGUACUGUAAGGACUGAAUAGCAAAGUGCACAAUUUAAGCAAUUAAAACCAGUUAAAAUGAAAUUCACUGAAAUAUUUAAGCAAAUGUUAUUUAUGAUUUUUUGAUAAUGUCAUAAUAUAUUAAAAUUUACAUUCUGAGA